AUGGCCACGGCUCACAGCCGCUACGACCAGAGCGGCCGCAGCUGCCCCGGGGUGUGCCUUCAGGGUGUGCCCCCGGGGUAUGCACUCAGGGUGUGCCCCCGGGGUGUGCCCCCGGCGUGUGCCUUCAGGGUGUGCCCCCGGCGUGUGCCUUCAGGGUGUGCCCCCGGGGUGUGCCUUCAGGGUGUGCCGCCGGGGUAUGCACUCAGGGUGUGCCCCCGGGGUGUGCCCCCGGGGUGUGCCCCCCGGGUGUGCCUUCAGGGUGUGCCCCCGGGGUAUGCACUCAGGGUGUGCCCCCGGGGUGUGCCCCCCGGGUGUGCCUUCAGGGUGUGCCCCCCGGGUGUGCCUUCAGGGUGUGCCCCCGGGGUGUGCACUCAGGGUGUGCCCCCGGGGUAUGCACUCAGGGUGUGCCCCCGGGGUGUGCCUUCAGGGUGUGCCCCCGGGGUAUGCACUCAGGGUGUGCCCCCGGGGUAUGCACUCAAGGUGUGCCCCCGGGGUGUGCCCCCGGGGUAUGCACUCAGGGUGUGCCCCCGGGGUGUGCCCCCCGGGUGUGCCUUCAGGGUGUGCCCCCGGGGUGUGCCGGGGAAGGCGGACUUCAGUUCACAGACUUUAGCCCCGCGGUCCUACCUGGACAUGGUGAAGGUCUUCGUGUUUAGUUAUUUCUUCUGGCUGGUUCUGUGCCUGAUCUUCAUCACUGGCACCACUCGCAUUAACAUAUUUUGCCUGGGCUACCUCGUCUCGUGCUUCUACUUCAUGCUGUUUGGGGGCAGUGUCCUGAUGCAGCCUGUGGCCUACAUCCUACGGCUGUGGGACUGGCUCAUAGCCUACACCUGUGUGGUCAUCGCUAUAAAGAACCUACUGUCUGUGAGUACCUACUGUGUAGGAACCUACUGUCUGUGA